AUGGCUGCUAAGUUCUGUUCGCAGAAGUUGGAAGAAUAUAAAAACCUUGUCGUUUAUCAUGGCGCAUUCAUGACAACAAUUUGUAUUUUAAAUGUAACAUUUUCCAUUGUGACAGUUAUCGCGAACAUCUUUGUUAUCCGUGCCUUGUGGAAAGCUUCGUCGAUUCCUGGCAAUUUAAGGAGAUUAUUCAUGAGUCUCGCUGUCUCUGAUUUCUGUGUUGCUUUGAUUCCUCAACUCACAUUUGGUAUUGUCGUCGCAGUGAUGUUAAAGAGGGCAGGAAGUGGAAACUACGACUUCGGCUUCUUCUGCCCGACAAUUUUAUCAAUUCGACACUUCUUUAUCGUUCUUCUCAUUGCUGCAUCUUUCUUCACCGUAACAGCCAUUGCUACAGACAGACUUCUAGCCAUUUGUCUCCAUCUCCGAUAUCAAGAACUGGUCACGUCAACACGAGUUUCCAUUGCCUUAAUUUGCUUAUGGUUUUCAAGUGGCAUCGCUGCCUCUAUAUUUGUUGCAUUUCCGGGAAAAGGAAUCAUCCUCAUUGUGAUUGCAUUUGUUGGAUUUACCAUAACAACUAUAGCUUACUGUCGUAUUUACAAAGUUGUACGGUAUCACCGUAUCCAAAUAUAUGCUUGCCAAAACAGAUCAGCAGAUGCCACUCGUGGUAGUCAUGUUACAAUGCGUUGUUUCCAGGCUGUUCCAGUUUUUCAUGAAUCUGACUAG